CCUUCCCGGCCCCGCCGCGAGGGCGCGGCCAUGGACGGGCCGGGCGCGGCGGCGGCGGCGGGCGCGGGGCCCGGUCCCAACAACGUUCCCGCCUUCCUCACCAAACUCUGGACGCUCGUGGAGGAUCCCGACACCGACUCCCUGAUCUGCUGGAGCCCCAGCGGGAGCAGCUUCCACGUGCUGGACCAGGGCCAGUUCUCCAAGGAGGUUCUGCCCAAGUACUUCAAGCACAACAACAUGGCCAGCUUCGUCCGCCAGCUCAACAUGUACGGUUUCCGGAAGGUGGUGCACAUCGAGCAGGGCGGGCUGGUGAAGCCGGACAGGGACGACACCGAGUUCCAGCACCCGUUCUUCCUCCGGGGCCAGGAGCGCCUGCUCGAGAACAUCAAGAGGAAAGUCACCAGCGUGUCGUCGCUGAAGGGGGAGGAGGUGCGGGUGCGGCAGGACAGCGUGGCGCGGCUCCUGGCCGACAUGCAGGCCAUGCGCGGGAAGCAGGACAGCCUGGACUCCCGGCUGCUGGCCAUGAAACAUGAGAACGAGGCGCUGUGGCGCGAGGUGGCCGCGCUGCGCCAGAAGCACGCGCAGCAGCAGAAGGUCGUCAACAAGCUGAUCCAGUUCCUGAUCUCCCUGGUGCAAUCCAACCGGAUCCUGGGCGUCAAGAGGAAAAUCCCGCUGAUGCUGAACGACGGCGGCGCCGCCCACCCCGUGCCCAAGUACGGCCGGCAGUUCCUGGAGCACCACGGCAACUCCAAUUAUUCCGCCCCGGCGCCGGCGCUGUCGGGCCCGGCUCUGCUGGCGGCGGAUCCCGGCGCCCCCUGCGGGCCGAUCAUCGCCGACGUCACCGAGCUGCCCCCGUCCAGCCCCGAGGCCUCCCCGCGAGGCAGCCUGGACGGCAGGAGCAGCCCGGAGAUCCGGAUCAAGGAGGAGCCGCCCAGCCCCACGCGGAGCCCGCACGGGGAGGAGCCCAAGAGCGCCGGGAACAAUUCCGGGAACAAUUCCGGGAAUAAUUCCGGGAAUUCCGAGACCCCCCUGUCCCCGUCCACCUUCAUCGACUCCAUCCUGCGGGAGAACGAGCCCGGAGCCGCCGCCGGCCACCCCCAGCCCCAGGAGAAGUGCCUGAGCGUCGCCUGCCUCGACAAGUCGGAGCUGAACGAGCACCUGGACACGAUCGACUCCAGCCUGGACAAUCUGCAGGCGCUGCUCAGCACCCACGGCUUCAGCAUGGACAGCGCCCUGCUCGACCUCUUCAGCCCCUCGGUGGCGGUGCCGGACGUGGCCCUGCCGGACCUGGACAGCAGCCUGGCCAGCAUCCAGGAUCUCCUCUCCAACCAGGAGCAGCAGAAACCGACGGAGACCGAGCCGGGCGCGGGCGACUCCGGGAAGCAGCUGGUUCCGUGCACGGUGCAGCCGCUGUUCCUGGUGGAUUCCAGCGCCGUUGACGUCGGCUCCGGGGAUCUCCCCAUUUUCUUCGAGCUGGGCGAGGGCCCCCCGAGCUUCCCGGACGGGGACGAGUACCCCGAGGAGUAUCCCGAGGAGUACCCGGAGGAGUACCCGGAUGAGUAUCCCGAGGAGUAUCCCGAGGAGUACCCCGAGGACCCCGCGCUCAUCCCGCCCGCGCCCAAGGACCCGGCCGUGUCCUAAAGGGGACGGCGACGAGAUCCCCCCCCCCAAAAAACAAAACAAAAAUGGGAUCCCAAAAAAAAAAACCCACAAAAACGGGAUCCCAAAAAAACGGGAUCCCAAAAGACAAAAACGGGAUCCCAAAAAAAACGGGAUCCCAAAAAAAAACCACCAGGAUCCUAAAAGCAAAUGGGAUUCCAAAAAAAACGGGAUCCCAAAAGAAAAAUGGGAUCCCAAAAAACAAAAAUGGGAUCCCAAAAACAAAAAAAAAAAAAAAGGGAGGGAAGCCCCGAGUGACUCGUCCUGCUUGGCACAGAAACCCCGAGGAGCCGACGCCGCCCUCGGGGAGUUCCGGGGGAUCCCGGGAGUUCUGGAGAAUUCCUGAGGAUCCUGGAGGGUCCUAAAUCGGCCCAGGAAAUCCGGGAGCAUCCGGGGAUUCCAGAAGGAUCUCCGACAUCCCGAGGAAUCCUGGAGGAACCCAGAGGGUCCCAAGGGAUCCUGGAGCAUCCUGGGGGAAAUCCUGGAGGAUCCUAAAUCAUCUUGGGACAUCCUGGAGAAUUCCAGGGGAGUCCUGGAACAUCCCAGAGAAUUCCAGGGGAGUCCUGGAGGAUCCUAAAUCAUCCUGGGACAUCCUGGAGAAUUCCAGGAGAAUCCUGGAGGAUCCUGGAACAUCCUGGGACACCCUGGAGAAUUCCAGGGGAGUCCUGGAGGAUCCUGGAGCAUCCCGGAGAAUUCCAGGGGAAUCCUGGAGGAUCCUGAAUCAUCCUGGGACAUCCUGGAGAACUCCAGGGAACUCCUGGAGGAUCCUGGAGCAUCGAAGGAAAUCCUGGGGCGUCCUGGAGAAUUCCAGGGGACUCCUGGAGGAUCCUAAAUCGUCCUGGGGAAUCCUGGAGGGUCCUGGAGCAUCCCGGACAAUUCCAGGCAAUCCCGGAGGAUCCUGGACCAUCCCAGGGAAUCCUGGAGGAACCCAGAGGGUCCCAAGCGAUCCUGGAGAAUUCCAGGGGAAUCCUGGAGGAUCCUAAAUCAUCCCAGGAAAUCCAGGAGGACCCUGGAGAAUUCCAGGGAAUCCUGGAGGAACUCAGAGGGUCCCAAGGGAUCCUGGAGGAUCCUGGAGGAAUCCAGAGGGUUCCGGGGAAUCCUGGAGGAUCCUGGAGAAUUCCAGGAGUUCCCAGAGGAUCCUGGAGCACCCCAGAGGAUGUUGAAGGAUCCCAAAUCAUCCCGGAGAAUUCCAGGAAACCCCAAAGGAUCCUGGAGCAUCCCACGGAAUCCUGGAGGAUCCCGGAGCAUCCUGGGAAUUUGCAGAAGAUCCCAGAAAAUCUUGGAGCACCCCAGAGGAUCCCAGAAAAUCCCGGAGCAUCACAAGAGAUCCCAAAUCGUCCCAGGGGAUCCCAGAGCGUUCCAGAAAGUCCUGGAGCAUCCCAGAGCAUCAGAAGGGAUCCCAGAGGAUCCCAAAUCAUCCCAGAAAAUCCUGGAGCAUCCCGAGGGACCCCAGGGAUCCAGAGAGUGACAGAACCCCGGGAUCUGGGGGAGCUGAAAUCCAGGGAUCCCCAAAAUUCCGGAAUAUCUCAGAAAAAAAAAUUUGGUGCCUAAAAUGCACAGGGUCCUGAAAUGGCUCAAAAUCCAGAGGAUCCCAAAAUUCCAUGGGAUUCCCGAAAUCCUGGGGAAACCUGGAAUGCCCCAGGACCCCAAAAUCCAGUGGAUCCCAAAAUCCUGGAAUUUCUCAGAAAAAAAAAAUGGUGCCCAAAAUGCACAGGGUCCUGAAAUAGCCCAAGAUCCCAGUGGGAUCCCAAAAUUCCGUGGGAUCCCAAAAUAUCCCAGGGAAGCCUGGAAUGCCUCAGGACCCCAAAAUCCAGUGGAUCCCAAAAUCCUGGGGAAACCUGGAAUGUCCCAAGACCCCAAAAUCCAGCAGAUCCCAAAACCCUGGGGAAACCUGGAAUGUUUCAGGACCCCAAAAUCCAGUGGAUCCCAAAAUAUCCCAGGGAAACCUGGAAUGCCCCAAGAUCCCAAAAUCCAGCAGAUCCCAAAAUAUCCCAGAAAAAAAACGGUGGCCAAAACCCCUGGGGGCCUGAAAUAGCCCAAAAUCCAGAAGAUCCUAAAAUUCCGUGGGAUCCCAAAAUCCCCGGGAAACCUGGAAUGCCCAGGACCCCAAAAUCCAGUGGAUCCCAAAAUCCUGGAAUAUCCCCGAAAAAAACGGUGCCUAAAAUGCACAGGGUCCUGAAAUAGUCCAAAAUCCAGAGGAUCCCAAAAUUCCAGCAGAUCCCAAAAUCCUGGGCAAACCUGGAAUGCCCCAGGACCCCAAAAUCCAGUGGAUCCCAAAAUCCUGGAAUAUCCCAGAAAAAAAUGGUGCCUAAAAUGCACAGGGUCCUGAAAUAGCCCAAAAUCCAGAGGAUCCCAAAAUUCCAUGGGAUCCCAAAAUCCUGGGGAAACCUGGAAUGCCCCAAGACCCCAAAAUCCAGUGGAUCCCAAAAUAUCCCAGGGAAACCUGGAAUGCCCAGGACCCCAGAAAUCCAGUGGAUCCCAAAAUCCUGCAGGUUCCCAAAAUCCCACAGGACCCCAAAAUCCAGCGGAUCCCAAAAUAUCCCAGGGAAACCUGGAAUGCCCCAGGACCCCAAAAUCCUGCAGAUCCCAAAAUCCUUGGGGGAACCUGGAAUGCCCCAGGACCCCAAAAUCCAACAGGACCCCAAAAUCCAGUGGAUCCCAAAAUAUCCCAGGGAAACCUGGAAUGCCCCAAGAUCCCAAAAUCCAGCAGAUCCCAAAAUAUCCCAGAAAAAAAACGGUGGCCAAAACCCCUGGGGGCCUGAAAUAGCCCAAAAUCCAGAAGAUCCUAAAAUUCCGUGGGAUCCCAAAAUCCUGGGGAAACCUGGAAUGCCCAGGACCCCAAAAUCCAGUGGAUCCCAAAAUCCUGGAAUAUCCCCGAAAAAAACGGUGCCUAAAAUGCACAGGGUCCUGAAAUAGCCCAAAAUCCAGAGGAUCCCAAAAUUCCAUGGGAUCCCAAAAUAUCCCAGGGAAGCCUGGAAUGCCCCAGGACCCCAAAAUCCAGCAGAUCCCAAAAUCCUUGGGGGAACCUGGAAUGUUUCAGGACCCCAAAAUCCAACAGGACCCCAAAAUCCAGUGGAUCCCAAAAUAUCCCAGGGAAACCUGGAAUGCCCCAAGAUCCCAAAAUCCUGUGGAUCCCAAAAUACCCCAGAAAAAAAACGGUGGCCAAAAUCCCUGGGGUCCUGAAAUAGCCCAAAAUCCAGAAGAUCCUAAAAUUCCAGCAGAUCCCAAAAUCCUGGGCAAACCUGGAAUGCCCCAGGACCCCAAAAUCCAGUGGAUCCCAAAAUCCUGGAAUAUCCCAGAAAAAAAAUUGUGCCCAAAAUGCACAGGGUCCUGAAAUAGCCCAAAAUCCAGAGGAUCCCAAAAUUCCCUGGGAUUCCCAAAAUCCUGGGGAAACCUGGAAUGCCCCAAGACCCCAAAAUCCCACAGGACCCCAAAAUCCAGUGGAUCCCAAAAUAUCCCAGGGAAACCUGGAAUGCCCAGGACCCCAGAAAUCCAGUGGAUCCCAAAAUCCCACAGGACCCCAAAAUUCAGUGGAUCCCAAAAUAUCCCAGGGAAACCUGGAAUGCCCCAGGACCCCAAAAUCCUUGGGGGAACCUGGAAUGUCCCAGGACCCCAAAAUCCUGGGAAUUUCACCCAAGGCCUGGCAGUGCCCGAACCCCACAGGACCCCAAAAUCUCACAGGAUCCCAAAAUUUGGCGCUGCUGGGGGGGGGGACCCCAAAAUCCCUCGGGACCCCAAAAUGCAAUGGCAGUGCCACAAGGUCCCCAAAGCCAGCGGGACCCCAAAAGCUGGCAGUGCCCAAACGCCCCAGCACCCUAAAAUCCAAUGGGACCCCAAAAUCCCACAGGACCCCAAAAUCCCAUGGAACCCCAAAACCUGGCAGUGCCCAAACACCCCAGCACCCUAAAAUCCAAUGGGACCCCAAAUUCCCAGUGGGAACCCCAAAAUCCCGUGGGACCCCCAAAACCGGGCAGUGCCCAAACACACCAGGACCCUAAAAUCCAAUGGGACCCCAAAAUCCGGUGGGACCCCGAAACUUGGCAGUGCCCAAACACCCCAGCACCCUAAAAUCCAAUGGGACCCCAAAAUCCCACAGGACCCCAAAACCCAAUGGGACCCCAAAACCUGGCAGUGCCCAAACACCCCAGCACCCUAAAAUCCAAUGGGACCCCAGAAUCCCAGUGGGAACCCCAAAAUCCCGUGGGACCCCAAAAUCCAGUGGCAGCGCCACAAGAUCCCCAAAGCCAAGGGGACCCCAAAAUCCUCUUUAAUCCCAAUGGGACCCCCAAAAUCCCAUGGAACCCUGAAACCUGGUAGUGCCCAAACCUCCCAGCACCCUAAAAUCCAAUGGGACCCCAAAAUCCGGUGGGACCCCAAAAUCGGAAGGCAUCCCAAAACCCAGCAGUGCCGUGAGACCCCCAAAGUCAAGGGGACCCCAAAACCCAUUGGGACCCCAAAACCUGGCAGUGCCCAAAUCCCACAGAACCCCAAAAUCCUGCGGGACCCCAAAAUUCUCUUUAAUCCAGUUGGACCCCAAAUUCCAGUGGGACCCCAAAAUCCCGAGGUGCCCCAAAACCUGUCGGUGUCCAAAUCCCACAGGACCCCAAAACCCCGACGCUGGGGGGGACCCCAAAACCCCCCGAGGCCCCAGUUCCAACAUCUCCAAUCUCUGCUGGAAAAUUCCCGGGGUUUAUUCCUUGUUUCUCUCUGGGGAAUCCUGCUGGAAUUUUGGGGGAUCCCACUGGAAUUUUGGGGGGAUCCCACUACAAUUCUGGGGGAUCCUGCUGGAAUUCCGGGGGGAUCCUGCUGGAAUUCUAGGGGAUCCCACUGGAAUUCCAGGAAAUUGCUGGAAUUUUGGGGGGAUCCCAUUGGAAUUUUGGGGGGAUCUUGCUGGAAUUCCAGGAGAUCCCACUGGAAUUCCGGGAAAUUUGCUGGGAUUCUGAGAAAACCGCUGGAAUUUUGGGGGCAAUCGUGCUAGCAUUCUGGGUGGAAACCGCUGGAAUUUUGGGGGAUCCUGCUGGAAUUCUGGGGGAUCCCACUGGAGUUUUGGGGGGAUCCCGCUGGAAUUCUGGGGGAUCUGCUGGAAUUUUGGGGGAUCCUGCUGGAAUUCGUAGAAAUCUGCUGGAAUUUUGGCAAAUCCACUAGCAUUCUAGGAAAUCCCUCUGGAAUUCUGGGGGAUCCCACUGGAAUUCCGUGUGCUCCCGGUUUGGUGUUCCUGGAUUUCCUGGCACCGCUCUGGGAUCUGUCCCUGGACCUCUCGGGAUUGGGAGCAGCGACCCCGGAACUGAACGUGGGAAUUUCACACCAGAGAAGGACCCGGAUCCCACACGGGAUCCAGUCGGGAAUCCAUAUGGGAAUGUCGGGAUUCCAUGUGGGAUCAAGUCAGGAUUCCAUAUGGGAAUGCCGGGGUUCCAUACGGGAUCGAAUUGGGAUCCCACACGGGAUCGAGUCGGGAAUCCAUACGGGAAUGUCGGGAUUCCAUGUGGGAUCAAGGCAGAAUUCCGUGUGGGAGUGUUGGGAUCGUGUACGGGAACAUGUCGGGAUCCCAUGUGGGAAUGUUGGGAUCCCAUGUGGGAACGCCGAGAUCCCCCAUGGAAUCCCGUGUGGGAAUGCCCAAAUUCCCAUGUGGGAAUGCCAGGAUCCCAUGUGGGAUCCCAGGUGGGAAUGUUGGCACCCUGUGUGGGAAUGCCCAGAUUCGUGGUGGGAACGCUGGGAUCCCACAGAUUCCAUGUGGGAAUGUUGGGAUCCCAUUCGGGGAUGUCAGGAUCCCUCAUGGGAAUGCCAGGAUCCCAUAUGGGAAUGUCCAGAUCCCAUUGGGAAUGUUGGGAUCCUGGGUGGGAAUGCCCAAAUCCCACAUGGGAAUGCUGGGAUCCCAUAUGGGGAUGUGAGGAUCCCAUGUGGGAACGCCUGAAUUCCACGUGGGAUCCCAUGUGGGAAUGUCAGGAUCCCACAUGGGAAUUCCCACAGAUUCCAUGUGAGAAUGCCGGGAUCCCAUGUGGGAAUGUCAGGAUUCCAUGUGGGAAUGCCCGAACCCCAUAUGGGAAUGCCCAGAUCCCAUGUGGGAAUGUUGGGAUCCCGUGUGGGAAUGCCCAAAUUCCACAUGUGAUCCCACGUGGGAAUGCCCAAAUUCCAUGUGGGAACGUCGGGAUCCUGUGUGGGAAUGUCUGGAUCCCCUAUGGGAAUGCUGGGAUCCCAUAUGGGAAUUCAGGAUCCCGUGUGAGAAUGCCCAAAUUCCACACGGAAACAUCGGGAUCCCAUGUUGGGAACGUCAGGAUCCCAUAUGGGAAUGUCAGGAUCCUGUGUGGGAAUUUCAGGAUCCCACAUGGGCAUGCCCAGAUCCCACGUGGGAAUGCCAGGAUCCCAUGUGGGAAUGUCAGGAUUCCACGUGGGAACAUCGGGAUCCCGCGUGGGAACGCCAGGAUCCCUGCAGGAACGCCAGGAUUCCACGUGGGAAUGUCAGGAUUCUGUGUGGGAACAUCGGGAUCCCACGUGGGAACGCCAGGAUCCCUGCAGGAACGCCACGAUUCCACGUGGGAAUGUCAGGAUUCCGUGUGGGAACAUCGGGAUCCCGCGUGGGAAUGCCAGGAUCCCUGCAGGAACGCCAGGAUUCCACGAGGGAAUGUCAGGAUUCUGUGUGGGAACAUCGGGAUCCCACGUGGGAACGCCAGGAUCCCUGCAGGAACGCCAGGAUUCCACGUGGGAAUGUCAGGAUUCCGUGUGGGAACAUCGGGAUUCCACGCGAGAGCAUCAGGAUUCCGCGUGGGAACGUCGGGACCCUGUGUGGGGCUGUCCAAAUCCCACGUGGGAGCGCCAGGAUCCCUUGUGGGAACGUCGGGACCCUGUGUGGGACUGCCCAAAUUCCACGUGGGAACGCCGGGAUCCCACGCGGGAGCGCCAGGAUCCCCUGUGGGAACGUCGGGAUCUUGUGUGGGGCUGUGCAAAUUCCACGUGGGAACGCCGGGAUCCCGGUGGGAUGGCCGGGAUGCCGUGGGGCCGUGCGCUCUCUCUGCACAAGCCGAUCAGAACA